GGGGCGUUUGCAGAAGUUACCSAUUUCUCUCUCUGUUCAAURCGUGGGUGAAAGUGAGUAUCCUUAUCUCWUUUUUGUUUACCUUGUCCUUGUCCCUGUUUUCUACUGGCAACCGGUUGUGUUUACAUUUUUGAUCCUUAUUAUUGUUGUGAUUUGUGAGCUGUUUGCCCUGAAAAUCUGUUUUUCCACCCGAUUAUUAAUCAACUUGAGUCCCAAAACGUCCUGUUUUGGUACCGGAUAUUCAAUCCUCUCUGGGGAAUACUUCUUAUUGAAAAAACGCUUCAUUGGGGGCACAUGGAAUAGAAAUUGUCAUCCAGAUUUAUUACGCAUUUGGAAGAUAUUUAGCAAUUCGGCUAUCAUGGGUUUAGCUGAGCUCAGCUUUUGCCUGUUGCUACUCAGCUUAUCAGGAAGCAAUGCCAAGACGACAUGUGAUUAUCAGUACUUUCUGGCCCCAUUAWCGAAAAAUACCGUGCAAACCAAGUUGCUGGAUUCGAGCGACUGCGGCCAAAUAGGCUUCGAAGGAAGCGAUAAACUGAACUCCCAUUUAGGGUCCUUAAGGCUACGGGCUGCUCUUGACGACAAAAGGGGAUAUUCAUUAGAUAUCAUUUUUCGCGAGAUCAAAUGGAACAAAGCCCAUCUGAGGUUAUCGCAGGAAAAUGAGAUGGAUCUAAGUAUAUGCAAGGUAUAUUCCCGAGCCCAUGACGCCGCUCAGGUUUCCAUAUCAGAAGCAAUUGAUUCGUGCUUUAAUUUCGAACAUUAUAACAGCAGCGUGAAUUAUCUGUUGGACUUCAUGGCGGAACUGGAUACAGACAUUUUAUAUAAAAACUUGGUUUUUAAUUUCCCGAAUGUGGCGAAUUUUGGUAAUGAUACUCCUUUACAGAACAGAGCAAUAUUCUGCAGUGUGGAUAUAUCCAGUAACUACGAUAUUUACCUAAAUAUUCAAGCCUUACCCCUAAUGUACAACGUGACUUACUACAAAGUGGAAGUGUUUAAAAUCAAAGGCGGUAGUAACAUUUUAUUAGACGUGCGAAUGCUAAAAGCAGGAUUGGAGCCCGAGCUGUCCUUUGAAUUUAUCACCUAUAAUGAUGAAGGGUAUUACUUUUUCCAAAUUAGCGCCGUUAACGAUAUUUGCCCGGAAGAUGCUUGUCUGAAGAGUAUUUCGGCGACUAUUUAUAUACGUAGAAGAUAUCCCCCGUUAGUUAUUGGUAUUGUCGGAGCUAGUUUUCUGAUUCCCUGUAUAUUGUUUAUGUUUCAUAUGUGGAAUCGACGAAAUCAGCCUGUAGAUAAAAACGAAGAGGCACAGAGCACAAUUUACCUCGUUUACAGUCAAACUCCUGAGAAGCACUAUUUAAUCGUGAAAGCACUAGAGAAAUCCUUGAAGAAUUUGGCCAAAGUGCAAAUAGUGAGCAAUAUAUCUGAGGCCUCGCAUAUCAUUUAUAUUUGCGGCACGCACAUCUUCCAACCCGACCCGAUCGUACACAAACACUUGGUGAUUGAGGCGAAUAGAGCGAUUUCCAGUGUGGAAAUCCUUGUCGUUUGUUUGCCGUACUCAACAAAGGAAAUGCCGCCAUAUCUGAAAAAAUGCCUCAGGUUCAACUUGAUGGAGGAUUUUGAAAAAUUAAUCCAUUUGUUCUGCUGCGAUGUAGAUUUCAGUAGUCAUACUCAGUAUGGAGAGUUGGACGCGCAAGUUAAGGCAGCACAAAUCCACACCGAACCAAAAAAGAUCAUUCUUAAUAUGCCUGUUAUUAUUGUAACUGAACAGUCUGACACUGAACCGGAACCAAAAGAGGCUGAUGUUCUGUUGUAAAAUGUCUUUAGAUGUUUUUACAGGGUUUUUCAUUGUGAUUACACUGCCCUAGAGAAGCAUUUUGAUGUAAACAUGUAACCUGUAAGGCAAAACGUAGAAAAGUGCCAAUUAAUUUUCAAAAUAUGUGUCCUAAAAUGUAGUGUGCAUGCAUAACUAAAAUGUAAGUACUCUUUAUGGUCUGAUCUCUAUAUUUCCAACUAUUUGAAAUGUACAGGGUGUUAAAAGCCAUUUUGUUGCUGUAGGUUUCACCUUUUUUUUUCAGUUUAGAUACUUUUUUGUUUGCAUUUAAGGUGAUAUUUUUGCCCUAUUUGGCGUAUUGUUUUUCUCUUGAAAAUUUCAUUAAAUCGAAGGAUCUGAAAGUUGGUCGAGAACCUACAUAUCUGGAAUUGUGUACAGUUUUUGUGGCAAACUUGAAUAAAAAUAUAUAUAUACGGUUUUCUCGCCAUUCGCUUGCCGUAUAUAUUAUUUGACUGAUGCCAACAAUAUCUGAAACACUGUGAUUCAUGUACAUAGAAAUACUCCAGGAUUUUAUCUUUUCCUAACUCUGUUUAAUUAUUGAUGCUAGAAAGUAAGUAUGUAAAUGUUUUGUAUAUUUUAUUUUCGACCUAAACAAUUUUCAACUGAUGUAUUUUCAUAUGUAUGUACCACGAUAAUGUGAUUAAUGUUGAACGUUUCAGGAUAAUAAACGUGGUAUUACUCAAA